GACAGGCCUUCUGUCUGAGGUUUGACUUCGAUCUGGCCGAUUACUCGUCUUCUGUGUUGCGUCUCUAUAUACCUAUAUUUCUUUGCCAAUCCCUUCUUCUCAUUCUGUGCCAAUGGUAGUUUCCGCCCCACCCAAGGAUGUUCGGUGAUACCCCAUUCUCCGUGUGUCGUAAGGUCGGGAAUUUGGAAGUUUCGCUUGGGCAUGACUCUAUAUGCUUAAUUCAGGAAGGAGAUUACUGUUUGUGAAAAUAAGCCUUGGCUUAGGCUUGGGAUCUUGAACUGUCCUACGCUUUACAGACCAUUCUACCACGGAACAGGCGCAUGGAGAACCAGUCCGCGACAAUGUCGGGGGCCACCCCAUCCGCUUUUUCCGAUAACCAGCAACCUACUCCCAUUCAGCAAUUGAACCGGUCUUGCGAAUCUUGUAGAAGCCUCAAAGUGCGCUGUUUACCAGAUCCAAACACACCGAAUCAGUGCCAGAGGUGCGCAAAGGCCAAGCGAGCAUGCGUUUUCGUCGCUCCGCAAAGGCGCCGGCCGCGCAAACGGACAGAUUCUCGCGUCGCGCAGCUGGAAAAGGAGAUGAAACUGAUGCAGUCUCUCCUCAAAGGCCGGUUGCAGAUGGAUGACAAUAGCCCCGAAGGUGGGAAUAGUGAGAAUGAGGAUGUACACAAAGUUGAUUUCGUUGCCGACACGAAGGAGAUAACGCCGACAAUUCCAGAUGCUGCUAGUAGCGUUUCUGGAUAUUCUUCAAGACAGGUGGAGUCCUCCUCGAGUUUUAUUUUUCCCCAUAGCAACAACGGUACUGUCGACAGUAGCUCCAUAUCAACAUCCUCUGUCGGCACUGUUCCCGCCGACUUCUCCCCAGACUUGCGCCAAGGAGAGGAUGUGAUCGAUCGCGGUAUUGUCUCCCUGGAGGCGGCUAAUGAUCUAGUCUCACUCUUUAUGAACGAGCUUGUCCAAUUCUUCCCCGUGGUAAUUCUGCCUCCGAACACCACUGCCUUGCAGCUCCGUCGGACCAAACCUGUGCUGUUUUUGUCUGUGAUUGCAGCCGCGGCUAUUGCGGUAGAUGUGAAUCUAGCAACCAUUCUCAACCGUGAGAUGGUCAGACUGUAUGCCACUCGAUUCUUCAUAGAGAGCGAAAAGUCCCUGGAGCUAGUCCAAGCGUUGCUCCUCAUGAUAGUGUUUUACUUUCCACCGGAUUCUCCCUUGAAGCUGCAGAUUUACCAAUAUACUCACAUUGCUGCCACCAUGGCUUUGGAAAUCGGCCUAGCUUCAAAGCGAAAAGCACCAAAAAGACCGAAUCAAAAGAAGAACACGUAUGAUGAGCACAUGGCCGAACAAGCGAGGGCAAUUCUAGGGUGUUAUCAUUUUGCGGCGACUGUCGCAAUGAAAACUCGCAGACCUAAUCUGCUGCUAUUCAACGAUUGGAUGAGCGAAUGCGUAAAACACUUGGGGCGCUCACCUCACUCUCUAGAUAGACAUCUGGCCAAGUGGUUUGAGCUUCAGAGAAUAACCGACGAGGCUAUGGCUUCCUUCGGACUUGAUGACACGAGUUCCGCGACUCCACUCACAGAAUCGCGCAUUCAGGCCGUCUUGCGAUGGUUUGGAAAUCGAAUGCAGUCCUGGAAGGACAAUAUUCCGCCAGAUAUGCUCACAGUGCCCAUGAUAUUAGAGUACCAUUAUACUCUCCUCGCCGUGUACGAGCUCGCAGUCGGUGAAGGGUAUCGAGAUCCCGAUGCGAUCAAACAAAAGUAUUACACGCUUCCACCACCCGAUGAUGAUAGAGAUAUACAAGAGCCUGGCCCCCCUUUGAGUGCCGUUAGGGUAGACAUCACCAUGAAAUGGUUGAAUGCAGCUCAUGAGAUCCUCGACUCUUUUCUCAGCUGUGAUGUGGAAACCAUGCGAAAGAUACCGAAUAUCAUGUACUCCCGCGUUGGUGUGGGCUUAAUGUCUCUUCAGAAAAUAUACUAUUCGGUCAGGUCCGAAGCUCUCGGGGAAGUCAUUGCGCCUCAAACUGUCAAUGUUGAUAUGUAUCUUGACGCGAUGAGCAAGAAACUCGCCGAAGCGAGUGGAGGAAGAAAGUACAAGAUACCCGAUCAAUGGUCCUAUGUCGUUGGCGUCAAGGCUCGAGAUUGGUACAAUCGGUUCCAACAACGACAAGCUCAAAAGGAAAUUGGCGCAUUCUCUCAAGCGGAAGUGAACGCCCCCAGAAUUCAAUGCACCGUGUCUAUACAUAAUAAUCAGCCACUUAUUGCGCCAAGCGACCUGUCACGAAUGGGCUCUUUCGACAUGGCCGGCAUGGCUGGCAUAACCCCGUUAUCCUCGUACGAUAACAUGAGAGGCGCCUAUGCAGUCCCAACGGGCAUGGCCACUCCAUGGCCUUCAGAUCCAAAUGUUAUGGGCGUUAACCAGGUCGCUAGCUAUGCAACGCCGGUUGUUCCAUCACAAUUUCCUUAUAAUGCGCAACAGGGAUUCCCUUCAACGGAUGGCCGAAAUGACUUCCCGAUUCCUCCUGGCACAGGUAUGGAACUCGACGGCUGGAUACCUGACGGAAGUAUAUUUGGGUUGCCACCUUUACCCAGAUUUUAGCGCUGAGGUUCUUAAGCCGACAAAAUCACCUCGCCAGUGUCAAUAGUGCUCCUCAAAGUUUUAUGAAAAGGGAUGCAUCCAACGGCUCGCUAUAUGCGUGUUUUUUUUUCGCCGGUGGAAAUAAUUAUCUGCUCCAUACAUGGCUUGCAGCGUGUCGCUUUGGGUGACAGCUAAAAGGGUGCCAUUUCGAACACGCCGUCUUGCUCCAUUUGAGGUGAUGAAAUCCAGACCUAAGAUCAUGGCUGGAGUCAUGCGAGCGAAUCCAUGUGAGCUUCGCCUGGAGUGCGGGUCACUUCCAAGAAAUUCGGAAAAGUCCUAGGCUAUUUAACCAAGGACAACUUAGCAAUCUGAAACUGAACGCGGGUUUUCCGUGGUCCUUUCAAGGAUGGAUCAGUUGUACAUUGUGCAAUAGUACUGUCACCGUCAUCUGUUUGCAAAUGUGUAGGGGCCUCCAUACUGUCAGCAGCAACACCACCACCAAUACAACAGGUGGGAAAAGAAGAAAAGACGGAGGAACGCUGGAUCUGCGCAGAUAUAGGGUAUAUUAAAUAUAUUCAACCGAUAUUAAAUUUCAUGGCAAUAGAUGCAGACCCUGGGACGUAAUUGUCUUCAGGGUGGUCGGAGUGUCGGUGGACUCGGAACAUCCGACUGCAUAAUACAAUCCGAUCGACUUUGCGAUGGAGUGAAACCGACUGCAUCAAACAUCCACAGGCGAAACGUCAAAGUGGAUUGAACUCAGGGCUUUCCUAUGCUUCGCAAUUUCUCCUGAACCGACCGCGCCUCCAAUUCGCUUGCUGGUUUGCUGCUUGAACUAGGUCACUGCCGUUCGCCUGUAUCGAGAACCGAGGACCCUACCUAGGUACUCCGUCCACUGUAUAUAUAUGUAACCAGUAGAUACAUAAUGUGAUCUACAAUUUUACUAACUUG